GAUUUUAGUAUUACGUAAUAUACAUGCGACAGUAUGUUUUUUUCCCCUUCUAAUUCUAAACAUCCGGCGGUUUGCUGUUUGGUUGAUAUCUAGCCAAGUGAUAAGCUACAGAUUAAGGACAGUUGUAUGGUGAUGGAGGAGGAACAACCUCAAGAGGACUGCGCCCAACCCCAGCCCUCCGCGUCCUGCUCCAAGAAGCCAGACAAGCCCCUCUACCAGCCCAAGAAGAAGCAGGACGGCCCCAAAGAUAAGGCUCAAACCCAGGGAGACGGCAAACCAAAGCCCAGGCCUCGCUACACGGACAAGGCCCGAAAGAAUGCCAAGAACAAGAAGGACAAAGGAGGGAAGACGGGAGGAGAGGGGAAUGGAGUCCUAAACGGUGAGGCCAAACUGGAGGAGACGGUAGAAGAAGGAGGAGGCAACGGGGGGCCACAGAAUGACGGACAGGCUGCUACAGCCAACCAGGGAGGAGAUGGAGAUGUUGGUUCGCGACUGGAGACGGGGAGCAAGAAUUCUCCGUCUGAGAGAGAAGGGGGACCCCGGGAGGGGAUAGAGGCAGGCCCUCAGGAAGAGGAGGAUGAGGAGAGCUGGGACGCUCUCUUUGAUGACGAAGGAGAGUGUUUGGAACCCCAUGUACUAGAGGAGCUGGCCAUAAAGCAGGGCAGGAAGAAGCGGCCGGUGCAGGAGGCCAGGUUUGACUACUACAGCUUGGAUCAGGACAGAGAGGGGGAUGAUGACACUGAGCUCACGGAGGAUGAGCUGUCUAACAUCAUAGAAAUCUACGACUUCCCCACAGAGUUUAAGACUGAAGACCUGGUCAAAUCCUUCCAGGCCUACCAGCAGAGAGGCUUUGACAUCCAGUUUGUGGACGAUACACACGCCCUGGCUCUCUUCAACAGCCCCAUAGCAGCUCGGGAGGCUCUGAGGACCAAACACCCGCUGUUGAAGGUCAGGUCUCUGGCUAAAGCCUCCGUCACCACCAGGGCCAAGGCUCGCAGCUGCUCAGACUACCUGCUCCCUACUAAGGAGCGUCCCCAGACCAGUGCAGUGUUGGCCCGCAGGCUGGUGAUGGGGGCGCUGGGCGUCAAGAGUCCCCAGAGCAAAGAGCACCGUGAAGCAGAGAGAAAAAAACUGCAAGAUGCCAGAGAGCAGAAGCGUCUGGCAGCUAAACAGAGAGACGACGCCUGGGAAGGGAAAGCCUGACGGGGAGGAACCACUUCCCGGCUUCUGCCCUCCAUCCCAUCCUCCUUCCACUGUAGGGACUAGACACUCCUCUGUUCCCUCUGCCCUCCAUCCUCCCUCCACCGUAGGGACUAGACACACCUCUGUCCCCUCUGCCCUCCAUCCUCCCUCCACUGU